UAAAGGCGCGCGUGCAACCUCACUUUUGAAGGGCCCGAGCGAGCGCGCGCGAUGACCGGCAUGGUCAAACAGCACGUCUAUUAUCAUCAUCAUCAUCGUCGCAUUUCAUUCCCGUAACAGGAGCACGCUGAUGGCCGCGGGUCCGGUUUCUGCCCGACACCACCACCUGCGCGUGUGUUCGGGCUAAAUGGAGGAACGGUGCGGACUUUCGUUCUCCUUCUCCACGAGCGCUCGGCUCGAACAAAACGGGCUUUGUGGGUUUGUUCCCGUGAUAAUCCGACUUUAUUCCAGGGGAAAUCUGAACGCCGUUUGGGAUUAGGCGGUUACUGGGGUAAAUGCGUUACGGUGCCGGUCGCGAGCUCGGUCUUUUGUUUAAAACAGAGUGACGUUUUCUCCGGAGAAGUCUCGCGCUCGGUCUCAGUCUCGAGUGAAAACUACCUGGCGCGGAAUCACUCCGUUCUCCAGUGCUGCUAUGAGUUCCUGGCUGCUUACAUACUGUAACCUCGUUCUCCAUAGUGCGGUGCUCAUUGCUCUGUUCGCCUUUGCAUCCUCUCAUUCGGCUGAUAAUAAGUGUGGGUCACCUCUCGUCUCGACGUGUCAAGAAUGCCUGAGCCGUGGACCAGAUUGCGCCUGGUGCUUUCAGAAGAGCUUUCUGGAUGGAACGCAUAUUAGCGAGAGGUGUGAUUCUGCUGCUCAGCUCAUGCUUAAAGGCUGCGGGGAGGAGUUUAUCGAGAAUCCUGGAGUUAAAGUGGAGGUAAACAUGACGGUGAGCAGCUCACAGGUGACUCCUCGAGACAUCUCCAUCCAGCUACGGCCAGGCAGUGAGGCAAGCUUCAUUGUGGAAGUGAAGCAGUUGGAGUUGUAUCCAGUAGACCUGUACUACCUGGUGGACGUCUCUGCCUCCAUGCAGGAGAACCUGGACCGGCUGAAGACCGUCGGAGUGACUCUUUCCCACCGCAUGAAGGAACAUUCCAGCGAUUUCCAAGUGGGGUUUGGAUCAUUUGUGGACAAGCCAGUCUCUCCCUAUAUUGAUGUGCAUCCUUCGAAAAUCAAAAACCCUUGCAGUAAUUAUGAGUUGCAGUGCCGGCCAGCCCACGGCUUCAUCCACGUCCUGCCCAUCACCGACAACAUGACAGAGUUCAAGCAUGUGAUUCAGCAGCAGAGGAUCUCUGCGAACAUGGACACACCAGAGGGAGGCUUUGACGCCAUGCUGCAAGCAGCUGUGUGUCAGAAAGACAUUGGCUGGCGACCUGAGGCUAAGCACCUGCUGUUGGUCAUGACCGAUCAGCCAUCUCAUCUGGCACUGGAUAGCAAACUGGCAGGCAUCGUGGUGCCCCAUGACGGGCACUGUCACCUAGAAGACGGCAUUUAUUCCCAGUCCGCCUACAUGGAGCACCCAACCAUCGGGCAGCUGGCAGAGAAGCUUCUAGAAAACAGCAUUUACUCCAUAUUUGCUGUGAAUCAGAUGCAAUAUAAGUGGUAUGAGGAUUUGGUGCCUAUUCUUCCAGGUACUUACCUGGGCAGGCUACUUCCCAAAGCCUCUAAUCUUACAAACCUUGUGGUGGAUGCAUACAAGAAACUCCUAUCAGAUGUCGGAGUGGAGGUGGAGGUCGAGGACAGAGAAGCACACAGAUUCUGGGUCAGUGUAACAGCAGUUUGCCCAAAUGGAUCCACUGCGGCAGGAAGCAGCAAAUGCACCAACGUUCAACCCGGGCAAAAAGUCUUCUUCAACAUCACAGUGGGAAUGCGAGCAUGCCCAGAAAAGAAUGAUGCACUGCAAAAAGAAAAUGAGCCUGAGGUGAUGUUGGUGGUGAGACCUGUGGGAUUUAACGAAUCCAUGACUGUGCGAGUGCGGCAGGCCUGUGUGUGUAGCUGUGGUGGGGCAGGACCUUGCCAUGACAAUCCAGAAACUUCCCUCUGUGUGUCUGGAGACGAUCCAGGAGUUGAGGGGAGUUUGAUGGACAGCUGCCGAGAUGUGAAGACAGGCCUGAUGUGCAGCGGCAGGGGAACAUGUGUGUGUGGGGCGUGUGUGUGUGACCUGAGCAGCCUUGGGACCAUCUACGGAAAGUUCUGCGAGAAGGACGACUUCUCCUGUCCCAAUGAGAGGGGUCUAAUGUGUGGAGGACAUGGCCAGUGCAUCGCAGGGGAAUGCUCAUGUCAGCCUGGCUGGAUGGGUGAGAGUUGUGGCUGCCCUGUCUCCACAGAAAGCUGCGUUUUGUCUGAUGGCUUGGUGUGCAGCGGGCACGGAAAGUGUGUCUGUGGCAAGUGUGUUUGUGAUCACCCCCGACGCUCUGGAGCGUUCUGUGAGAAGUGUGCCACCUGUGUAAACUCCUGUCAAUCACACUGGAGUUGUGUGGACUGCCACCUGUCUAAAGGCUUCGCAGCAGACGAUACACAGCAAUGCAACAGAAGUUGCACUUCACUGGUGGCCUAUGUUGAUGACAUUACUGAGCUGAUCAGAGGGAAGUACUGUCUGUACCACAGCAGGGAGCAGUGCGUCAUCAGGUUCCAUGUGGACAUGGCCUCACACGGACCACAGCUACAGAUUAGCAGGCAUGCUGAGUGUGUGUUCAGCCACCGGUACUUUAAAACCUUCCUCAGUGUUUUCCUCCUCACCGUGGUUCUGGGUCUGGGAAUCCUGGCUGUAGUGCGUUUACUGCUCCGCAGCCAGAACUGGUCGCUGAGGGGACACGUCAUGGAGCAGUUUGACGACAGCAAUAAGAACCUGUCAUAUGCACCCACCCCCAGUGAGAAGACGAUAACCUACAGGCGGGACUGUCUCCCUGACCGGCCCAUGGAGAUGCACGUUCAUGUUCACAAAAUGCCCCUGCACGACAUCUUUCCAUGACAGGCGGAGAACAAGAAAGAAAGGAGGCGAACAAGAGCAAUAAGCAAAUGAAUGCACACUUGUUUUCCUAAAACACACUCCAUGGGGUUUUUUUGUUUUUGUGUGU